UGCAUCCACCAUGGCACUGGCACUCAGUUGGUAGCUGGCGCUAGACUGGCGUGGAUGCCGGCACUCUCACCACGCUCAGCACUUCUGGCGGCUUAGAAGUGUCAUUGGCUGAAAGUAGUCAAUAUCCAGAAUAUCAGAGACAGUUUACAAUUUCUAUAGACGCGUUUUCGGUCGAGUGAGUGAAAAAUAUUUGACUUGCGUGAAGUGAAAGUCACAGGAAAAAUAUCCUUCAACACAAAAAAAAGUUUUCCCCCUGAGAUGGGAAGAGAAAUAAAAGUUGAAUGAGUGUCUUGCGUAAAGCCGUGAAGUAAACAAUGGCUUGGUUAGACGAGUGUGUGUUUAGUGGAAACAUGGCGAGUGACGGUGUGUAGCCAAGACUCUGGAAACCUCAAGACGUGUACAACACUUCGACAGUAUGUUUGGGCGUGCACAGUGGGCGGCAGUGACAGUGGGCGUGGUGUUGCUCGCCCACCUGCCCCUCACCACACAGCUCCCAGAUGUCAUCACGAUAGGUGGUCUUUUCGACGAGGGUGACGUGAAGCAAGAGAUCGCCUUCAGGUACGCCGUGGAAAGCGUCAACCGUGGCAAGUGGCUGCGACCCACCAUGUUGCGCACCAUGAUAGAGAAGAUACCUCCCUUUGACUCCUUCCAUGCAUCAAAGAGAGUGUGUGCCCUGGUGAGAUCUGGUGUUGCUGCUAUCUUCGGCCCUCAGUCUGGUCAGACCUCAGCCCACGUCCAGUCCAUCUGUGAUGCUCUCUCCAUCCCUCACAUCGAGACGCGCUGGGACUACCGCUUACGACGUGACGACUAUUCUGUCAACCUCUACCCCCACCCCUCCUCUCUCAGUAAGGCAUACCUGGACCUUGUUCGACUGUUCGGGUGGCGUUCGUUCUGCAUCUUGUACGAGGAUAACGAGGGUCUGGUGCGCAUGCAGGAGCUGCUCAAGACUCCUUCGCCCAACGAGUUCAAAGUCUCCAUUAGACAACUGCCUCGCGGUAAUGACUACAGGGCCCUGCUGAACGAGGUGAAGGGGACACUGGAGCAGAACAUCAUCCUGGACUGCAAGACAGAGAACGUGGGAACAGUGCUGAAGCAAGCUCAGCAGAUCGGCAUGAUGUCCUCCUUCCAUAACUACAUCAUCUCUUCCCUGGACUUGCACCUGGUCAACCUGGAAGAUUUCAAGUACGGAGGAUCGAACGUGACGGCCCUGAGGUUGAUCGAUCCUGAACGUGAGGAAGUUAGACACUUGAUGGAGGACUGGCAGGCUGGUCGCAUCAUGUACACCAGUAAGAUCCAGGACGACGAUGACCUCAUCAUGAAGCUGAGGAACAUAAGUUUCUGGACGACAGAAACAGCGCUGAUGUACGACGCUGUGAAGUUGUUCGUGCUGGCCAUCCAGGCGCUGGAUAACUCAACUGACGUUCAGCUGACAUCACUAGUGUGUGAGGGCGAAGUCUCCUGGGACCAUGGUAACUCACUUAUUAACUACAUGAAGCUGGUGCAGCUACAGGGACUGACUGGUCACAUAGAGUUCGAUGCUCUGGGCUUCAGGACUGACUUCACUCUGGACAUCGUUGAGCUGGGCAUGGAGAACCUCACCAAGGUGGGCACCUGGAACAGGAAGACUGGCGCCAACUACACACGCACCUACCAGGACACCUUCAAGAGGAUUGUUGAUGGUCUCCAGAACAAGACUCUCAUUGUCUCCUUCGCUUACAACGACCCGUACAUCAUGCUGAAGGAGAGCUCUAAGCAGCUGACCGGUAACGACCGCUUCGAGGGCUUCUGCAUCGACCUGCUCAACGAGAUUGCCAGCAUACUCAAAUUCAACUACACUCUGGUGUCGGUACCAGAUAACAGCUAUGGCAGCAAGGAUAAAGUCUCUGGCGAGUGGAACGGCAUGAUCAAGGAGCUGCUGGAACAGCGGGCAGAGAUGGCCAUCACGGACCUGACCAUCAAUUACCAGAGGGAACAAGCAGUAGACUUCACUAUGCCUUUCAUGAACAUGGGUAUCUCUAUACUGUACAAGAAACCACAGAAGAUGGCGCCUUCUCUCUUCUCCUUCCUCUCGCCUCUCUCUCUGGAGGUGUGGAUGUAUAUGAUCACUGCUUAUGUUGGUGUCUCAGUGCUUCUCUACAUCCUGGCUAGGUUCACACCAUAUGAGUGGCAGAACCCACACCCGUGUGACCCAGACCCUGACACUCUGGAGAACCAGUUCACUAUCCUCAACUGUCUGUGGUUCGCCAUCGGUUCCCUCAUGCAACAAGGCUGCGACUUCCUGCCCCAGGCAGUGUCAACACGCAUGGUGGCCGGUAUGUGGUGGUUCUUCACCCUCAUUAUGAUCUCCUCAUACACUGCCAACCUAGCCGCUUUCCUCACGGUGGAGCGCAUGGAGUCGCCCAUUGAGUCAGCGGAAGACCUGGCCAAGCAGACCAAGAUCAAGUACGGCUCUCUUUUGAGCGGCACCACCACCUCCUUCUUCAGGUAGGUCACCUGAAUGAAGUACGCUCCUCAUACGAGCGAAUUGCAGUCUCAAAUUCGUAACGCAUGCAGCGUUAGUAUUCCAUUGUUGUUGACUUCGUGUCUCCCGCAGGAGGAGAAUGGGCUGUACGCCUACCUGAUGGAGUCCUCCUCCAUUGAAUAUAUUACUGAGAGGAACUGUGAUCUGACUCAGGUGGGAGGUCUGCUUGACUCCAAGAGUUACGGCAUUGCUCUUCCCCCGGGCUCACCUUACACAAGUGCCAUCAGCAGUGCCAUCCUGGCACUACAGGAGACCUCCACCAUCCAGUUGCUGAAGCGGAAGUGGUGGAGUGAGAGGGGUGGGGCAGGCAGGUGUAACAAUGAGAAGGAAGAGGCAGGUGGGAGCAGUAUGGCGAGUGAGCUGAACUUAUCCAAUGUGGGCGGCGUGUUCGUGGUGCUGCUGGGCGGCAUGGGUCUCGCCCUCGUCGUCGCCAUGGGCGAGUUCAUCCUCGAAUGCUAUGACAUCGCCAAGGACGACCAACUGCCUCUACUGAGCGUGUUGAGCACGGAGCUGAGGUUCGUCUUCAAGUGCAAGGGAUCAUCAAAGCCGGUAAGGAAGAAAGCUUGCGAGUCUGAAGCUGGUGACAUCAGCCACAACAUUUACGGCUCCGAUGUUUACAACUACACUGGCAAGAACCCACUCAGCUGAUUGCCAGAUGUGGCGUCACGCCCUGACGUCACGGAUAAGUGUCAUCCAUGGACGCUGCCCAGCUACGUCCCACCUCCACCUUCCCCAGUAGUUAACCCCGAGGAAGCUACUGUCUAUCAGGAUGCUUCAGCUACCCACCACAACACAGACACCACUCAGAACUCCUCACCGGCCUACUGUAUACAGAGUCGGGAAUCUUCCCCCUCGCCAGUAGCUACUCAGAGUGAAGAUGCAAUUGAUGCGGCUAAUCUGAGGCAGAGGAAGAACUGGUAGUGACUGUUGAUUAGUUAACCUCUAGUGGCGUCUAGUUUUGUUGUUCCACUUGUAUGAUGGUGCAGGUAGUGGGUCGUGUACUGGGUCUCUCACUCUUUCUAUGCUCCCUUCCCUGAGGCUCCUGAAGAGCCUCAGACACUACAAACUUUCCAAGCUGACGAAAAAAAAAGCCUCCUUAGAGUAUUUUUCGCAGCUAUAGUAAAGUAUAUACACCCAUUGUUAGUACCCGAAUGGAUAAACCCUCACGGUACAAUACUGAAGAAUUGUUCAUAGACGUAAACUUUGUAUGCCAUUAGAUGGUAAGAUAAGAUAUAUUUUGAACACUUAAAGUGAUUAUAUUUUUGGGGGGAGGGGGAAAGCGACAAUAAAUAAAAUACUUGUGUGUGUUUGCUAGGUGCUAGUGACGUCACUCACCAUGCACUUAGUGAGACAAUCCAUAAUUGUAUGGUGAACCCAAGUCGCACUUCUCAUGAUUUUUUGCCUGAAGAACACCGGAAACAAGUGGUAAUCACAACUUAUGUGUUCACAACGUUUGCCUAUGAACAUUGUUGAGCCCAGUUUAUUUAAUAAUUUUUUGGUAAACUUUCUUGCAACUUAUGCGCCUGGCAGCUCCACAUUUGCUAACACAUUCACCAGGAUUUUAUUACCCGUGGAGUAUAUUUUGUAUUAAUUAUUAAUUACAUUUUGGUUAAAUACACCGAGAAGUGUAUAUAAACAUGGUGUUUAUGCAGCGAGAGAUUACUUUAAUCCUUAUUUUAGAGAUUAAAAUACCUUACAAGAUGGUGUACAGGUGACAUACAUCCUUGAAGACCAUCGUAUAGUCGAUAAACUUAAAACCUAAUCAACCCAUCCUGAUCAAAAAAGUUUACUGUAUUGAGGUAAUAUAUAUGUCGUGCCGAAUAGGUAAAACUGGUCAGUUAGCAAGAGCUCAUUUAAAAUUAAGCCCUUUCUAAAAACAAUUCGUAUACAUAUUUUUUUUCAUUUAUGUUAAUGUAAAAAUUAAUUUUGUACCAAAAGAACCUUAGAGAGCUUACCUAACCUUAUUAUAACAAGCGAAAUUUAACUAGGCUAAUCCAAAUAAAUAUGUUUUAGAUAAGUUUACAAUAAUUUAAUAAUAAAGAAACACAAUGAAAUAUAUUUUUUUCGUUAGGUUCGGAAUUACUUUUGAGAAAUUAUUGCAUACACAAAUUUUCGCUUGCCUUAUUCGGCAAGAUGUGCGUUGCUAUUUAAGCCAAAAUCGCAAGUUUUACCUAUUCGGGACGACAUAUAUAUAAAGAGUCCACCUCUAGUGCAAUAUAUGGAGUCCCUUAGUCUCGGAGAAGUAAGUGAAAUGUCUUCUAGGAAGAGUAGAGACCCUUCCUAGAAUCUCAAUCUCUCUCUCUCUCUCUCUC